CCCGAUCAGGCGAGCACCGAAGUCAAAAUGCCCAAGCUCUGGAAUGGUGUAUACAAUGCGCAAUGCGCGGCUCUCCCAUCGCCAGAUCUGAUGGAGGCCCAGCCCAAAAUCUUGCCCAAGACCCGCUCCAACAGCAGCGGCGGCGGCAAUCGCAGCAGCAAGUACUGGAUAUUCUCGAUGAUAAUCGAGCGAAGUGCGGGCCCCAAGCGUGUGGACAUGGCUGGGGAUGAUGUGGAGUCCCCGUUGGAGGCCAUUUUGCCGGCUGAGCCGCAGGUGGAGCAGGUCUGCCUGUUGCGUGACAGCCCCUUUAGGAUACUGCGGGCUGCCGAGUCAGGCAACUUGGAUGAUUUUAAGCGCCUGUUCAUGGCGGAUAACACGCGCAUCACGCUGCAGGAUGGCAAGGGACGCACUGCAGCACAUCAGGCGGCGGCCCGGAACCGUGUCAACAUAUUGCGCUACAUUCGCGAUCAGAGCGGAGACUUCAAUGCCAAGGACAAUGCCGGCAAUACGCCGCUGCAUAUUGCCGUCGAGUGCGAUGCCUACGAUGCUCUGGACUAUUUGCUCUCCAUUCCUGUCGAUACGGGCAUCUUGAAUGAUAAGAAACAGGCGCCGGUGCACUUGGCCACGGAGCUGAACAAGGUCAAGUCGUUGCGUGUGAUGGGCCAGUAUCGCAAUGUCAUCGAUAUACAACAGGGCGGCGAGCAUGGACGCACUGCACUCCAUUUGGCUGCCAUCUACGAUCACGAGGAGUGCGCCCGUAUCCUGAUUACAGAGUUCGAUGCAUGCCCCCGUAGACCCUGCAACAAUGGUUAUUAUCCCAUACAUGAGGCGGCUAAAAACGCCAGCUCCAAGACAAUGGAGGUCUUUUUUCAGUGGGGCGAGCAACGCGGCUGCACUCGCGAGGAAAUGAUAUCCUUCUACGAUUCGGAGGGAAAUGUGCCGCUGCAUUCGGCGGUGCACGGCGGGGACAUUAAAGCCGUGGAGUUGUGCCUCAAAUCUGGCGCCAAGAUAUCGACACAGCAACAUGAUCUUUCGACGCCUGUGCACUUAGCGUGCGCCCAGGGCGCUAUUGAAAUAGUUAAGCUGAUGUUUGAGAUGCAGCCAUUGGAGAAGAGGAUCUGUCUCAGCUGCACGGACGUACAAAAGAUGACGCCGCUGCAUUGCGCUUCUAUGUUUGAUCACCCGGACAUAGUCUCCUACCUGGUCAACGAGGGUGCGGAAAUCAAUGCGCUGGACAAGGAGCAUCGGUCGCCGCUGCUGCUGGCUGCCUCGCGCAGUGGCUGGAAAACAGUGCAUCUGCUGAUACGUCUGGGUGCGAGCAUUGAUGUGAAGGAUGCCGCCGCGCGCAAUGUGCUGCACUUUGUCAUCAUGAACGGGGGUCGGCUGACGGACUUUGCCGAGCAGGUGGCCAAUUGCCAGACACAGGCGCAGCUGCAGCUGCUGCUCAAUGAGAAGGACAACAUGGGCUGCUCGCCGCUGCACUAUGCCAGCCGGGAUGGGCAUAUACGUUCGCUGGAGAAUCUCAUACGGCUCGGCGCCUGCAUCAAUCUGAAGAACAACAACAACGAGAGUCCGCUGCACUUUGCCGCACGCUACGGCAGAUACAACACGGUCCGGCAGCUGCUCGACUCCGAGAAGGGCUCCUUCAUCAUUAACGAGAGCGACGGAGCGGGCAUGACACCCCUGCACAUUGCCUCGCAGCAGGGACACACGCGUGUGGUGCAGCUGCUCCUGAACCGAGGCGCAUUGCUGCAUCGCGACCAUUCGGGCCGCAAUCCGCUGCAGCUGGCGGCCAUGUCCGGCUAUACCGAGACCAUAGAGCUACUGCACUCGGUCCACUCACAUCUGCUGGACCAGCUGGACAAGGAUGGGAACACGGCUCUGCACUUGGCCACCAUGGAGAACAAGCCGCAUGCGAUAUCCGUGCUGAUGUCCAUGGGCUGCAAGCUGGUCUACAAUGUGCUGGACAUGAGCGCCAUCGACUAUGCCAUCUACUACAAAUAUCCGGAGGCAGCGCUGGCCAUGGUCACGCACGAGGAACGGGCCAACGAGGUGAUGGCUCUGCGCUCCGACAAACAUCCGUGCGUCACCUUGGCGCUGAUUGCCUCUAUGCCGAAGGUGUUUGAGGCUGUGCAGGACAAGUGCAUAACCAAGGCCAAUUGUAAGAAGGACUCGAAGAGCUUUUACAUUAGGUACUCAUUCGCAUUCUUGCAAUGUCCCUAUAUGUUUGCCAAGAUCGAUGAGAAAACCGGAGAGCCGAUCAUGACAUCCAAUCCCAUUCCAUUGCCGGCCCUGAAUACCAUGGUCACGCAUGGACGCGUGGAGCUGCUGGCCCAUCCGCUCAGUCAAAAGUAUUUGCAAAUGAAAUGGAACUCCUAUGGAAAAUAUUUUCAUCUGGCCAAUUUGCUGAUCUACUCGAUUUUCUUGGUCUUUGUCACGAUCUAUUCCUCGCUGAUGAUGAACAAUAUUGAGCUGCGUUCCGGCGACAACAAAACCACCAGCCAAUACUGCAACUUGGGCUGGGACGUGCUCACCAGGAAUCUAUCGCAUGGCCCAGCGAUGGCAGCUCAAAUCCGGCCGGACUCGUGCGUGGAGAGCAUCAAUCGGACGACGGCCAUACUUUUUUGUGCCGUGGUCAUUGUGGUCUACAUAUUGCUCAACUCGAUGCGCGAACUGAUACAGAUCUAUCAGCAGCGCCUGCACUAUCUGGUGGAGACGGUCAAUCUCAUCUCCUGGGUGCUCUACUUAUCCGCAUUGAUAAUGAUAGCGCCUGCCUUUAAGCCGGAUGGCGCCAUCAAUACCAUACACUAUUCGGCGGCAUCCAUUGCCGUCUUCUUGUCCUGGUUCCGUUUGCUGCUCUUUCUGCAGCGCUUUGAUCAGGUCGGCAUCUAUGUGGUCAUGUUCUUGGAGAUUCUGCAGACCCUGAUCAAAGUGCUGAUGGUCUUCUCCAUACUGAUUAUUGCUUUCGGCCUCGCAUUCUAUAUAUUGCUCUCGAAGAUAAUUGACCCACAGCCGAAUCACUUGUCCUUCUCGAACAUACCCAUGUCGCUGCUGCGCACCUUCUCCAUGAUGCUGGGCGAGCUGGAUUUUGUGGGCACCUAUGUCAACACUUACUACCGCGACCAGCUGAAGGUGCCCAUGACUUCCUUCUUGAUUCUGAGUGUGUUUAUGAUCCUGAUGCCCAUUCUGUUGAUGAACUUGCUCAUCGGUUUGGCCGUUGGCGACAUCGAGUCGGUGCGUCGCAAUGCCCAACUGAAGCGCCUGGCCAUGCAGGUGGUGCUCCACACGGAGCUGGAGCGCAAGCUGCCCCAUGUCUGGCUGCAGCGGGUGGACAAAAUGGAGCUAAUCGAGUAUCCCAAUGACACGAAAUGCAAGCUCGGUUUCUUGGACUUUAUCUUACGCAAAUGGUUCUCGAAUCCGUUCACCGAGGAUUCUGCCAUGGAUGUUAUUAGCUUCGACAACAACGACGACCUGAUCAAUGCCGAGCUGGAGCGUCAGCGCCGCAAGUUGCGUGACAUUAGCCGCAUGCUGGAGCAGCAGCAUCAGCUGGUGCGUCUCAUUGUGCAGAAGAUGGAGAUCAAAACGGAGGCCGAUGACGUGGACGAGGGCAUCUCGCCCAACGAGCUGCGCUCCGUUGUGGGCCUCAGCUCGGCCGGCUGCAACCGCUGGAACUCGCCGCGCAUACGCAAUAAAUUGCGUGCCGCCCUGAGCUUCAACAAGAGCAUGUAGUUGGGAACCUGAUCCCAAGCUCUACAAGUAUAACCAAGUAGUGAAAAGUAAAUUUUGUUAAAUGACAUGCAUACAUAUACUAUAUCCUUAUCAAUGUCUGUAUAACUGGAACAGGUUGAGAAUUCUAUGCCAGAAAUUGUCUUGUGAGCUCCUUGAAGGAGUUAUUUACGAAUUUAGGGGCAACAAGCUGGGCUCUGCGAGUAUUUUUUUUUUUGUCAUCAAGUGAAAACGGAAUAUUUCACAUUUCUAUAACUACUUAACGUAUUUGAUAUAUCUGUGUCUUUAUCUGUGUUUAAUGUC